UAUAUUAUUGUUGGCUGUGGGAGAAAUUGAUGAAUUUUUGGUUCUUGCUUUUGAGUAUAUAUAUUCAAGAAUUUGGAGUAUAUGUUGUCUGUUCACAGUUGUUCAUGUACAACAAUUGAUCUUGUUGAGUCCCAUAUUCGUGGGAUGAGAAGAAUUUGGACUCUUUAUAUAGUUUUAGACAAUCUCAAUUUAUAAUUUAUCAAUGUUAGGACUCCCAUAUUACCUUUCUAUAUAAUAGAUAUAUAUUUAGAAAAUAUCAGAAGUGCAAGUUUCUCAUUUUACGACCAUAGCCAUAUAAAUGUCAUGACACCUCUUUUGUUAUGUGUUGAAAGUCACUUUUUUUUUUUUUAAUUCUGUGCUCAAUCAAACUUAAGCUACUUUUAUCAUUUACGAGUCCAGAAAACUUAGAGGAGAAAUUAACUGACCAUGGAAUCAAGCAACAGUAAAGUUAUCACAUGCAAAGCUGCAGUAGUAUGGAAGGCAGGGGAGAGGUUAACGAUCGAAGAUAUACAAGUGGAUCUACCAAAAUCAAAUGAAGUUCGGAUUAAGAUGCUCUUUGCCAGUUUAUGCCACUCUGACAUUCUCGGUCUCAAUGGCAAUCCCAUUCCUAUAUUUCCUCGAGUUCUUGGACAUGAAGGAGUUGGCAUGAUAGAAAGUGUGGGAGAAAGUGUGAAAAACCUUAAAAAAGGAGAUAUAGUGAUGCCACUUUACUUGGGAGAAUGCAAAGAAUGCCCAAAUUGCAAGUCAGGAAGGUCCAAUUUAUGUCACAAAUAUCCCAUGACCCUUUCUGGCCUAAUGUUGGAUGGUACAUCAAGAAUGUCUAUUCAAGGAGGACAAGUAUUAUACCAUUCUUUUAGUUGCUCUACUUGGUCGGAAUAUACAGUCAUUAAUGCCAACUACGUGAUCAAGGUUGAUCCUCAGAAGAUUUCGCUUCCACAUGCUAGCUUGCUUUGUUGUGGAUUUACGACAGGUUAUGGAGCAACAUGGAGAGAAGUUCAUAUUGAAAAGGGCUCAACUGUUGCUGUACUAGGUCUUGGUGCUGUUGGAUUUGGAGUGGUUGAGGGAGCUCGAAGUCAAGGGGCAUCGAAAAUAAUUGGUGUUGAUAUCAACGAAUUGAAACGGGGAAAAGGAGAAGCCUUUGGAAUGACAGAUUUCAUUAACCCUAAAGAUAACGGGACAUCAAUUUCCGAGAUGAUAAAAGGAAAUGGGCUUACUAGGGAAUUCAACUUGGUUCCCUUAUUAUGUGGUCGAACAUUGAAAGGUUCAAUCUAUGGUGGAAUAAGACUUCACUCAGAUCUUCCUUCCCUACUUCACAGAUGCGCAAAAAAGGAGAUUCAACUAGAUGAGCUUAUAACUCACGAAAUUUCGUUGACUGAAAUCAACCAAUCAAUUGAGUUAUUGAAAAAUCCACAUUGUGUCAAGAUUAUUAUCAACUUCUAAAAAAUUAAACCAAUUUCAUCACAUAUUGAAUACUUUAAUACCAAAAAUAUUAAUGCAGAGUUAAAUUAUUUACUCAAAUCUGAAACUGGUUUAAUUUAUGCACCAUAUAUUGUAUGUGUAUGAUAAGCAAAUAAACAUUGUAUUGUUUUGUUAUAAAUAAAUGUGUAUGGCCACUGUUGCAAGAUUGAUAUUCAAGUAUUAGCAUUGUAGCAA